AUGGAGGAAAGUGAGGACCACCCUAGACCGAUAUAUCGCACACCCACCCGCUCCGCCGCUCGAGUACUCGAAGAAAUGGUUGCAGCGGGCGCACUAAGCGGGCCAGGGGACAAUCACCGCAACAUCCACAUCGAUGAGCGAACUCUCCACUCUAAACCAUCCUCCUCAUCUGCCUCGUCUUCGUCCUCGAGCGAACGCCGUUCCUUGAGACGUGCCGGUAAAACUCGCAUCGGUCCGAGCGGAAGCACAGAUGUCUUUGGGAACGUCGUAUGGAACACGGGGCUGGGUGCUGGGACGCCUCUACCGCCGUUUCCUGUGAACUAUGGAGUAGGCAGAGCUACCGCGUCGGAAAAUCCACCACAAUUUCCAGAUGUCCCUCCUGUACCUCCUAUUCCGCCCCUUCCUCUAUUCCCACCUACAACUAUGCCCGAGCCGCAGGUGCCGUUCAGCGACGUACCGCCGGUACGAGACGAAAACCCUCUACCUCCCGUUCCACCUUCACCCCCGAAUCCACUCCUUGAGCCGCCAUCUACACAUGUCUAUUCGUCGUACGAACAACAACAAGAAGCUCCUGCUGGAUACGAACCAGAACGCCCGCCUUCGAGCAGGAAAUCGAGAAGACCUUCCGAAAGUCUUCAUAGGCGGAUAUUGGAGGAGGUCGUACGUCAACAUCCGGAACAACUGGCGUCCCUAUACGCAAACGAUCAAGACCACGACCGAAACCAUGAACGACACCGCGAUCGCCAGGGAGAACAUGAUCCAUCGCCCACCGACUCACACCCCCACCGCUCCCAAUCCUCCCAAACACGACCCCGCACGACGUCCAACUCCCGUACUCGCUCUCGAUCCGCCUCAGACUCCGCGCGUCUCCUCCUAACGACAGAGCGUCUAAAUUCAGCACUCGCGCGUGCAACUAAUGCUGAGAAACAAUUAACCGACCUCAUGUCGUUGUUCAAGACUACGUACGAGGCGAAGGUGGAGUUAGAGCGAGAUGUGACCCAAGUAAGGGCGGAGCUGAAUGGCUACAAGGUGAUGCUGGACGUUGCUCAAAACGAGAUUGACCGUGCCCAAGAAGUUGUUGAUCGCCUGGAGCGACAACGCGUCGAAGCGGAGGAGGAAGCAGUUCGAGCACGCCAGAAUCAUCGCAAGAUCCAGGAAGUUCGAGCUGUCGAACUAGCGAUGGAGGAAGGGCGUCGUUUGGGAUACGAAGAAGGGAUUCAACAAGGGCGAAACCUGAACCAGUUGUACGACUACAUGGACUCUCAAGCUGAGAGUAGGAGGGUCGAACGGGAUAGAGGCGAAGAUAGAGAUGCAGCGCAAUCCACGCGAGGGAGCUUUAGUCAGUCUGGCAGUUCAAGCCGUCGCAGCCGCCGAUCUUCGUCGAGUGGUUCCGUCGCGGCUCCUACAGAACACCCGCAUGGUACGCCUCCAGAUGUUGUGAGGUACAGCGACUCGCUACCACUGCCGACUCUAUCCACGCCCCCGCCUGUCCGAGUGCCGUCGACGCAACCUCAACCUCCUCCUCCCAUGCCACCUGAACAACCCCCCAUGAUGCCACAUCCUCACGUGCACCAUAGGAACAGGUCGAAUUCACGGCCAGAGACCAUCGAUGUCAACGACAAUACCCCAAUUCGACCGAUUUCGGUGCAUAAUCAUAGUCCGAGUGUCGUGCAUCGACCCAUCACCCUUCCUCCAGACAACUAUAUACCGACGAUGGGCCCGAAUUCGAUGAUAUCGCUCCCUCCUCCUCACGAGCUGAGCUUACCAGUGGCUCCAGAAGCUCCUCCGACCCGCCCUGCUCCUCAGCAACCACCACCCCCAAUGGCCCCUUCGUCCGCGACGGGCAGACCUCGGAUGAGUAGUCGUGCUGCUGAAAAAGCACGCGAAAACCCAUACCCAGCUCAAGAAGAGAAAUAUUCUCGAGUUCCUAGUCGCGCAAGUGCAUCUCGCACCGCCGACCCUUACUUUCGUCGACAAACGCCCGGACCUGGGGUAGCAGGCUCUUCUCGUGCGAUAUCAGUUGCAUCGACACGUCUCUCUGAGCUCGAUCUACUAGAAUCACCUGCGACUCGUGAGGCGCAACGUGCUCGUGCUGCUUACGAUGCUCGUUCGAGGAGUCGGAAUGAUGUUGACAACCCAAAUGCUGGGCGAGCGCGUGCGACUCCAGCUCCAGGAGAUAAUCAGAAAUACGGUCGUCCUACUUCUCCUGAAACAGUUUCCUCGAGGAAGGAUGCGCAGUCUUCCAGAGUCGUACCGCCGGGUUCGACGAGAAAUCCUACGGAUCGCCCGACCUCAACCGAACCUACUCGAGUUCGUUCUCCUGGGACGUACCCCAAUCGCCCUCCACGUCGUCCUCGAGAGAUUAUUCUUCCUACGCCACUAGCUGGAAAACUUCUCGGGAACAACAUGGGCCCGAGCGCAGGCGCUUCGGGGCAGGGCAACUCCCGUUCUUGGGAAAACCCUCUUCGCCCUUCGCCUGCGCAUCUUCAGGCUCAGUUAUCGCCGCCCAGUCCGCCGCAUAACUCGAGGUCGACUUCGAACAUGACGGUUCCAGGAAUCGAGAUUUAUACACCGUCAAGCAAAGGCACUUCCCAUUCCGAAAGAACGAACAUCGACAGAGCCCUCCUCACACCCGAAGGCACUAACCAACCUCUUCCUCAAUCUCAGCCUCAGGUCGCCGAUCCCCAGUCCAAAACUAACCAUGAUCCCUUCAUGAACCGCGUACCUGACGACCCAAGAAUUUCGAUGGUUCUGCGCGACGACAACCUCCCGGCGGGGUUCGUCCCUCUGAGCCCGAUUCCGGGCAUGGCUAACCUCAACUCGUACCCACCUGGGUUCACACCGAGCUUGCCUCGUAACCACCCAGCGGGUGGUGCUUCGAACUUUGUGUAUCCUUCUGCACCGCUAGUUCGUGUGUCAUGA